UGGGACAUUGUUGUGUUGUAGUUGCACCUUUUUAAACAAGACUGAUAUUUUAAAUGGAGCUCGGUAAUCCAUGCUUAAAUAGUAGUUCACUAAAAUGAAUGAAAAUAACCUUUGACAUGUCUCAUCAGCAUGCCGUGCAUCUUGAUCACAAGAUAAGUUUUAUUGAGGGAAGUAUGAGGCUGAAAAGUACCAUCCACUGUAGAUACAGUUUGUCCAGUUUUACAUCCCCCGUGAAACAAUACGUUAUUGUUUUAUUGCCUUAACAUCCUCUCGUAACCCAUCCCCUUCCUUUUAAAGCGCAACAAAACCCCGCAGAGCUUCUCUGGAUAGUCUCAUAAUGAGGAAGCUAAGGUCCAUACGCCUGCUCUUGGAUUUUUCAGUGACUGCUUGUUCAUAAUACAGUCACCACUUAAGUUUCGUUGUUGUUGAACUUGACAUUCAAGCAUAACUCACACCUCAUAAUUGAUGAGCACUCCUUCAUUUUUCCGCAAUGGCAUUCAAAGAGGCUGCGUGAAGCCCACAUCGCACUUCUUCUUCUUCUUGUUUUUUUUUCACAGUUAUUUAGAAAUGAUCUUGUGUGUGUGACCUCAUACGUGAUGACAUCUCCUGGUUGAUUGGAAAUAACACUCACACACAAUCGCAACUGAACCACGUUUGCGUGAAAAAUCCCCAAAACGCGGCACGCGGUCUGUUGCAUGACUUGCAAGUCAUUUCAAAACAAAUGAUCCAAUCCUCGCUGUCAUAAUGAACAUUCAGUACUGCUCUGAAUGACCCCAUUGUGGGUAAAGGUUCUCGCGCGCACGCUAUGUUGCAACUUUUUAAACUUGGGGGGGGGGGGUUCACAGUAUACAAGAAACAGUGAGAUUGUGUACCUUCAAUGUAGUACCACACCGAGCACCGAAAUCCACCGGAUGAGAUGCUGCGAAAUUCAGACGCCAAACUACCUGUCCAUCCUCGACUAGUGCCAGUUUAAUGGAGAAGAAUGGCCCGAGUGUGGUUGGAGAGCAGCAAUUCUUUACCAGGGAUUCCCCACAGCGUGCUGUCGGUGCCCAUGGAAAAUAAAUACAAAUGUCAGCAGUGUCUCCAGGUCCUCAGGAAGCCCGUGCAGGCUCAGUGCGGCCACCGCUUCUGCGUCCACUGCUUCAAGCAGCUCACCAGUUCAGGCCCAAAGCCGUGCGAAGCCUGCCGCCAAGAGAAGAUCUACGAGGAGCCCACCUCCAUCCUCAACAUCAGCGAGGCCUUUCCGGACAACGCGGCCGGUCGAGAAAUAGCGAGCCUGCCCGCGCAGUGUUUGAAUGCGGGUUGCAGCUGGAAAGGAUCCAUUAAAGAAUACGAGACGCAGCAUGAAGGCUCCUGCGAGCUGGAGCGCGUGCAGUGCGAGGCCUGCCAGGCCUUCCUGUUGCGCUCGGAGCUGGAGCGACACUGCGAGAGGGAGUGCGAGGCCCGAAUUCUCAACUGCAAAUAUUGCAAAGUGUCAUGCAGCUUUAAAGACAUCAAGGCUCACGAUGAAGUGUGCCUCAAGUUCCCGUUGCAGUGCAAAGACUGCGGUAAAAAGAAGAUCCCGAGAGAAAAGUUCAACGAUCACCAACGAUCCUGCCCUAAGUCCAAGAGCGCCUGCCCCUUUAGCAAAGUGGGCUGCAAAUUUGUGCUGGACAACGACAAGCUGAGCGAUCAUGAACACAGUAGCGUCACGGAGCACCUGCGCUUGCUGCUGCCCAUGGUUCUGUCGGUGGCACGGCCGCCCCGCACAGAGGCCCCGCCCCCCAGUGAGUGGCAAGAAGAUUCGGGUCUGGGCCUGUAUAGGGCUCCUGAGGAGGGAGCCUCGUCCCCUGUGCCUCCUGUGGACCAGGACAAGAAGGUGAGCGCCUUGCAGGACAUCGUCUGCGUUCUGAACCGAGAGGUGGAGCGCAGCUCUGUGACACUGGAGGCCUUCUCGCAUCAGCACCGCCUGGACCAGGACAAGCUGGAGAACCUGAACAACAAGGUUCAGCAGCUGGAGCGGGUGCUGGCCAUGCGCGACUUCCAGUUGUCUGAGACAGAACAGCUGGUGCGAGAGCUACAGUUCUGCACCUACGACGGCAUCUUCGUCUGGAAGAUCUCGGACUUCGCCCGCCGCAGGGUCGACGCCGUGGCCGGUCGGACGCCUGCCAUGUUCUCGCCGGCAUUCUACUCCAGCAAGUACGGCUACAAAAUGUGCCUGCGCUUGUACCUGAACGGCGACGGCACGGGGCGGGGGACGCACCUGUCGCUCUUCUUUGUGGUCAUGCGGGGGCGCUGCGACGCGCUGCUGAAGUGGCCCUUUAGCCAGAAGGUGACGCUGAUGCUGCUGGACCAGAACAACCGCGAGCACAUCAUCGACGCCUUCCGUCCGGACAUCUCGUCCACGUCCUUCCAGCGACCGGCCGGCGAGAUGAACAUUGCCAGCGGCUGUCCGCUCUUCUGCCCGCUGGGGAAACUGGCCGGGAAGAGUCCAUACCUGCGCGACGACACCAUCUUCAUCAAGGCCAUCGUGGACCUGACGGGCUUGUGAGGUGAAGACUGUGGAAGUUGCCACCCAAAAAAAAGCACCAUUCACACAAAAGACUGUAUUGUUCUAUGAUGAGCUGAUCAUGUUAUCAUAGUACACUAAUAAUAAUAAUAAUACAUACAUUUUACAUACCAUACCACCCCCACUUGCAUGUAUGAAAAAAAAAUGUUUAUUUUUUUUCGUUGAUAAAAUCCAGCACCGAAAGAAU